AUGGCUACGGCAAAAAAACUCAUCCAGACGACGCCGGUUGUCGCAAAGGUGCUUUCCGGCGACUUACGCGUUCGCAGUGGCUACGAGGUCAUCAACGUCGAUACUCGAAUCGAGUCCUGGCCCGAGACGCCGUCGAUCAAGAUCAAAGGCAGCACGGAGGCUGCAGUUGCGCUGAGGAGUUUCUUCGCCAAACAGAAUGGCGAGCGCAAGGACAACGCUGCCCGACGCGUCGUUAUGCCGACCAUCAUCGAGCUCGGCGACAUCGUCGAGGCCCACCGAGGCCCACCAAGAAUCGGGAACAGCGUUGUUGCUCAUUACAGGCCUAUCGAAUAUAUCCCUUACCGGAUACGAGCUGGUUCGAGGAACGGCGACGAUGCUGCACGACGUUCUCGACAGCAGGGAGGUCUUCGCCACCCCACGUAA